CUUGAGUGACUCACCCGUAGUAAAAUAGCUGUGUUUUCAUGCUAGAUAUAUUGUAAAAUACCCGUAGUAGUGAUUUGUUCGAGGAGGAGGGAGAGCUAGGAGAGCUACAAAGCAUCCGCCGCCCGAUGGAGGCGGCAGCGGCAGCGGCAGCGGGAGCGGAGAGUGGGCCGGUCGCUCUGCCGUUCGAUUCACACAGGCUGGCGUACCUGUGUGCUGCAUGCUACGCACAGCUGCACGUUUCGCGAUGCGUGUGCGAGGCCUGCGAGCGCGCCAUCGCUGCUGUCGACUGCCGAGCCGAUGACGCUGCGCUCUGCGCCGACUGCGACGUGCAGGUGCACUCCGCAAACACCCUCGACUGCCGCCAACACCGCUUCCCUGCGUUCCCCCUCUCCGCUGCAGCAGCAGAAGCCUUUUGUGAUGAGGAGCUAGAACUGGAGGCUGCAGCAGCCGGGUCGUGGCCGCUCCUCGAUGAGAACUACUACAACGACGAUGCCGGCGAUGCAGGAUUGCCUCCGUACGGAGAGGUUGACGAGUAUUUGGAUCUUGCGGAGCACGACUACGAUCUGUUCUACAACCAGACGCAAGAGGAUCGGCGAUGGCCCGUGAGCUGCGACGAGAACGAAGCGCGCGAGUGCGAGGUUCCUUCGCAGCCGCAGCUGCGGCGUGAGGCUUCGAAUUGUAAAGCAGGGUCCGGUUACACAGCUUCCUACAGUAGCAGCGUAUCUUUCUCCUCAAUGGAAGCGAUUGCUGUACCAGAUACUACCUUGUCAGAUACCACAAAUUCCUAUCUCCUGCACUGCAAAGGAACCAUAGACCUCUUCUCCGGCCCAUCGCUUCAAUUACCCUUGCAUUUCAAAUCGGUGGAUAGAAAAGCACGGGUACUCAGAUACCGAGAGAAGCGGAAGACGAGGAAGUUCGAGAAGACGAUACGGUACGCAUCGAGGAAGGCCUACGCGGAGUCCCGACCACGAAUCAAGGGCCGGUUCGUCAAGAGAUCGGAUCUGGCGCUCAAAGUGGAUAAGAUUGAUGUUUUCUCCUAUUGUGACAUUCCAUGGUAAUUACGGCGUCGCGCGAGCCAUCGUUUUAGUUCUAAAGAAGAGAAAUAUAAUUCUAUGUUUUGACACUUGAUCUUAGUGGCGCGCAUGUUCCUAUUAGCAAACUUUUCAACCUAGCAUUGUGGAUAAUGCUAGAGCCUAGAAUUAUGUACUACUUCUAACUCCUUUUGUCUUAACUAAGGGUGAAAGAAUAAAAAGAGCUAUACCACUUUUGCUCAGAGAAAAUUUUGUAUUUGCACCUACCAA